CUCUCUUAAAUCCCUCUCUGAUAUUUCCUCUCUCUAGACUCCUCCUUUUCUCACGCUCGCUCGAUGGACAUUUCUUCUUCUUCUUCUUCUCCCUCCUCUUCUUCCUCCUCCUCCGGCGCUCUCAGUCCUGACGCUACCCUUGAUGCCGACACUCCCCGAACCCCUCUUGCUGUCCGGCGAGCCCUCCAGCUACUACAAUCUGACGACCCCGAUUUCAAGCUCCAAGCCGCUCGCGAUAUUCGCCGCCUCACCAAAACCUCCCAGCGUUGUCGCCGCCAGCUCUCUCAGGCUGUCGGUCCACUCGUUUCCAUGCUCCGACUCGACUCGUCUGAGUCCCACGAACCUGCUCUUCUCGCUUUGCUCAACCUUGCCGUCAAAGACGAAAAGAACAAAAUCAGCAUUGUGGAAGCUGGUGCUUUAGAACCAAUAAUUUCUUUCCUGAAGUCACAAAAUACAAACCUACAAGAGUGCGCCACGGCAUCUUUGCUCACUUUAUCCGCCUCUGCAACCAAUAAACCAAUCAUUUGUGCUUCUGGAGCCAUUCCUCUUCUCGUGGAGAUCCUCAGAGAUGGAAGCCCACAAGCUAAAGCUGAUGCAGUAAUGGCUCUUUCCAAUUUAUCCACCCGCACUGACAAUCUCAGGGCCAUUCUUGAAACAAAUCCGAUCCCUUUCAUAGUUGAUCUUCUCAAAACCUGUAAAAAAUCUUCAAAAACAGCCGAGAAAUGCUGUGCUUUGAUAGAAUCCUUGGUGGGUUUUGACGAGGGGAGGACUGCCUUGACAUCCGAAGAAGGCGCAGUUCUUGCAGUUGUUGAAGUUCUUGAAAAUGGCAAUCUCCAGAGCAGGGAGCACGCAGUUGGAGCGUUGUUAACAAUGUGCGAAAGUGAUCGAUGUAAAUACAGGGAACCGAUUCUUAGAGAAGGUGUAAUUCCAGGACUUCUGGAGCUCACGGUUCAGGGAACACCCAAGUCUCAGUUAAAAGCCCGCAACCUUUUGCAGUUACUGAGAGAAUCUCCUUAUCCCAGAUCCGAAAUUCAACCGGACACUCUUGAGAACAUAGUAUGCAAUAUUAUAUCCCAGAUUGAUGGGGAUGAUCAGUCUGGUAAAGCAAAGAAGAUGCUAGCUGAGAUGGUCCAAGUCAGCAUGGAACAGAGUCUGAGACAUUUGCAGCAAAGGGCUCUUGUGUUCACCCCCACAAGUGAUCGGCCUAUUGCUAAAUGUGCUUCUGAAGUAUCUUCAAAAUGAUAGUUUGGGGCUGUCAACUAUGUAUCUUGUUCUUCUUUUAUUUCCACGCGGUGUCUCCUAUUCGGCUGUUGUGAGACAUAUUCUCCAUAGCAGCAGCAGCAGCAGAAGAAGAAGAAGCGAGAAAAUAAUGCAAAGUAAAGCAUGCCAGUCCAGGCCAUGUUAGGUAUCGAGUGACUGGUAGUUGUCAAUAAACAGAGAAAUUGUAAGAGCGGAAAAACAUCAUUUUGUUGUUGGGUUUGUAAAGAAGCUGUUGUGUAUAAAAUGAUAUACGGGUAUUCCUUCUUUGCCCCGUUUGUCCAAUGAAAAAUCCAAACAGGAUCGGUCAAGAACAGCUAGUAAACGAAUGACGAAUUAAAAUCAAUGAAGUGGCUUGAAUUAGUUGGCCUUUUUACAGUAUUUAAA